AUGCAACCGAACCAUCAAUACGGAAUCGCAACCACGGCCGGUGGCUUUGCAAAGUCCAACAACAGUAUCAGUUGGUCGUCGUUGACACGCUUAUCCGCGGCCUAUGGUAGCCACACUCCCAUGACUCAUCUGGCCACAGUGAACCCAACCUCCAAUCCGACUGGUCCCACCCCACCAUCAUCCAAUUCGGCCUCAUCCUCUAGCUAUUCUUCAGUCUCGCCCGCUGCUCUGUCAACUACUUCCGGAUUGGGCUCAAGUCUCAGUGACCCGAAAUCCGUGGACGCAUCACCGGGAGAAGUGGCAACCAUGUUAGGGAACACAUCGUUUUCAUGUUCAUCUGGUGGACAUACAGCGAUCCAGUCAAUCCCCAUUCAAUCAGAUACCGUUUCUUACAAGUCUACUGAAGAACAAAUCCAUCGCAUUUAUGCCGAUCGACUAGUUUCAUUGAUCGCCGAACGUGAUCAGGCUCGUGAGGAGAUCUCUCGUCGGGAUCAACUUAUUGCCAAAUUGCGGCGUGAACAUGAGGCAGAGAUCAAACGCGUCAAACAGAUGACUUGGUGUCAGGUGUGUCUGAACGAGGCGUUCUAUCACUGUUGUCCUGGAACGGCCUAUUGUUCUGAACCUUGUCAGUUACGCCACUGGACCGAACAACACAACCGUGACUGUCGGCGCCGAGGGGAGUCUCAACAGCUUCAACAACAACAGCAGCAGCUGCAGCAACCUCAAAAGCGGUGA